GAACCGCGAACCUCAGCAGGCUGGGAGCUGCGGAGUGCGCCUGCGCAGCUGCGAGCCGGUUUUUUUGAAACAUGCGUCUUUUACUCAUCCUGGCUGCCUUUUGCGUGGGAAUAACCUCAGCUGCUCCAACACUUGAUUGCAGUGUAGAUGCACAAUGGUGUCAGUGGAAGGCAAAACACAGAAGACUAUAUGGCAUGAAUGAAGAAGGAUGGAGGAGAGCAGUGUGGGAGAAGAAUAAGAAAAUGAUUGAACUGCACAAUCAGGAAUACAGCCAAGGGAAACACAGCUUCACCAUGGCAAUGAACGCCUUUGGUGACAUGACCAAUGAAGAAUUCAGGCAGGUGAUGAAUGGCUUUCGAAACCAGAAGCACAGGAAGGGGAAAGUGUUCCAAGAGCCUCUGUUUCUUGAGGUCCCCAAAUCUGUGGACUGGAGAGAGAAAGGCUAUGUGACUCCUGUGAAGAAUCAGGGUCAGUGUGGUUCUUGUUGGGCUUUUAGUGCAACUGGUGCCCUUGAAGGACAGAUGUUCCAGAAAACUGGCAGACUUGUCUCGCUGAGUGAGCAGAACCUGGUGGACUGCUCUCGGCCUCAAGGCAACGAUGGCUGCAAUGGUGGCCUGAUGGACUACGCCUUUCAGUAUGUUAAGGAGAACGGAGGCCUGGACUCUGAGGAAUCCUAUCCAUAUGAUGCAAUGGAUGAAUCCUGUAAGUACAAUCCUGAGUAUUCUGUUGCUAAUGACACUGGCUUCGUGGACAUCCCUAGACAGGAGAAAGCCCUGAUGAAGGCAUUAGCAACUGUGGGGCCCAUCUCUGUUGCCAUCGAUGCAGGCCAUGAGUCCUUCCAGUUCUAUAAAGAAGGCAUUUAUUUUGAGCCAAACUGCAGCAGUGAAGACGUGGAUCAUGGUGUUCUGGUGGUUGGCUACGGAUUAGAAAGAGCAGAAUCGGACAGCAGUAAAUAUUGGCUGGUGAAGAACAGCUGGGGUGAAGAAUGGGGCAUGAAUGGUUACGUAAAGAUGGCCAAAGACCGGAGAAACCACUGCGGAAUUGCCACGGCAGCCAGCUAUCCCACCGUAUGAGCCGACAGAUGGUGGUGGGGAAGCAGUUGACUGGGGACAGCGUGUCCAGAGGAGGAAUUUUAUCUUAAAACUGACCAACCCCUACCAUGUGGGAUACACACUUGAAUCAUUGAAGAUCCAAGUGUGAUUUGAAUUCUGUGACAUUUGAACACUGGUAAAAUGUUACCUCUAUUUUAAUUACUGCUAUAAUCAUGUUCGUAUUAAUAUUAUUGAUUCACUUACUGACUUUGGAUUUUUGUUUUUAAGAGGAUGUAUAGAUUUUUACUUGUUUAAAUAAAACUUAAUUUCAAAUGUA